AUGGGAGUUCUCAAACAGACCAUCCUAGCAGCUCUAGCAACAUCAUCUAUCAGUCAAGGAACAUACCGAUCUCGUCCAGACCUUGCACCACCCCAGCUCAACAUCACCGUCCCUUCCCAAAACGGCAAUAGCUCCGAGUAUGUCUUCAUUGCUCCAUACUCAAGUAGCGGUGGUCUUUCACGGCCUGGUCCGUACAUCUACCGCAAAGACGGUGACCUAGUAUGGGCUGGCACAGGAUACUAUGCUGGAUUCGUCGGCAAUUUCCAUCCCACGACGUACAAGGGAAAGCCUGUUCUACAGGGCUUCCAGGGAAGCAUGGAUGGCUCUCACGGAGAGGGGUUCGGACAGCAUUUAUUGCUUGAUCAGAGUUAUGAGCAUGUUGUCUCUUCCAAAGCGGCGAAUCAUCGGAUUUCAUCGAUCCAUGAGUUUAACGUGAUUGAUGGAAAGACGGCUUUGAUUGAGAUCUUUGAUAUCGUUCCCACGAACUUGUCGGCUUGGGGUGGUAAUUAUUCUCAGCAGUGGCUGGGGAAUGGGAUUUUCCAAGAAACUGAUAUCGCCACGGGCAACCUCGUCUUUGAAUGGAACGGCCUUGAUCAUGUUGAUCCCUCUGAAAGUCUUGUAUCGCUCGGCUCAUCGAAAUCUAACAGUGGACUGUCUUUUGCACAAGCAUGGGACUGGCUGCACAUCAACAGUGUCGACAAGAAUGAGGAAGGCGACUACCUACUUUCUUCUCGGCACACUAGCACAAUUUUCAAGAUCAACGGCACAGACGGUUCAAUCAUCUGGCGACUAGGCGGCAAAAAGCCAAGCUUCAAACAAAGUGGGAAUUGGACAUUUGGUUUCCAGCACCAUGCUCGCUGGCAUCCGGAACUGAGCCAGCCGGGAACUGAAGUGAUCUCAUUCUUUGACAAUUCCGGCAACGGAGAAAUCACAUUCAACAAUGUCUCCCGGGCCUUAAUUGUGCAACUCAACCACACAGACCAUACUGCGACUACUCUCCGCACAGCGACAGCUCCCUAUGACCUUCAGGCAGAGUCUCAGGGCAAUGCACAGUUGCUAUCUCAUGGCAGAAUCUUUGUGAACUGGGGCUCAGCCGGUGCUAUUACAGAAUUCAAUGCUGAUAAUGAGGUGAUCUAUCACGCUUUCAUCGAAUCUUCCGUGAGCUAUCGCGGCUUUUUGGGAAACUGGACGGGUAUACCAACUGAGACCCCGGCGCUGGUUGCUUUGAAGUCUUCUAGCAAUUUGGUUGAGCUCCACGUAUCCUGGAACGGUGAUACUGAGACCAAGGCUUGGAGGUUCUUGUAUGUGAACGGAGGAAAGAAGACGCGAGUCGGGCAAGUUGACCGUCACUCAUUUGAAACCGUUUUCACUUGGAAGCCAAACGUUGCUUUGGCUAGCUCUGCUCGUUUUGUCGCCCAGGCUAUUAAUGAGCGCGGUGAGACUAUCGCUCAAACGCGGUUGACUACUACCACUGCCAAUAUUGACUUGGUGGUGUGA